AUGUCAGACAACGAGGAUCUUUAUUGCAAUCCACAGUCUAAUGUGUUCUUACAAACCCAAAAGCAAAAUAAACCUCCAAAAAAGUUAAAUGAAAAGAAGAGAUUAUUUGGAAAAAAACCAGCUCCACAACCAGGAAGUAAAGCAGAGAAACCUCGACCAGCUAUUCCAGUCUCUGCAAAUCAACAGCUAGGAGAUCUUUUCAAAGGUGGCCUCACCAGACCAUCGGAACUUAGAAAAACAACAAUUCCAAGGAGAGAAGCCGACUCUUUUAAUGAAAAGGUGGAGAGCCCAGUGAUAGAUUUCAGAGCACAUCUGAAAGCAGUAGCGUCCCCUAUCAAAACUGACGCUGAAAAUAGGAGUUCUGUAACCAGCGACACAGAUUUACUUCCACCACUUCCUUCUGGCCUGGAUAACAAUGAAGAGAUCAGCAAUGAACAGCCGGAUAUAAAAUCACCCCCAGUUCCUAAGAGAAGUUCAAAACUUUCCAUCCGUAAUAGGCCAGUGCCAGUGCCAGUGCCUACUCCAAAUAAUUGUUUGUCAAGUUCUCAGUCUGAAAAUGAUCCUCUACAAAUUGAAAAACCACAAAAUGAAGCUAAUUCUGCAGAAUCUUCCAAUCCACCGGACGAAUUUCCAGAAAUAUUUCCGGACCCUCCUCUAGUCAGAGAUGAGGUUGUGAUUCCUCGUCCAAAACGUAGACUUCUACAAAAGCCUUCAAAGGCGCCAGUAAUACCUCUCAGUACGUUCCCAGUGAAUAUUAGCAUAAAGGCAGAUACUUUUCCAGACUAUAUUCCUGAAGAUGCGUAUCCUGAUGGAGAUUGCGAGGAAAUGUACACUGAGAAUGACUUACCGUUCCCUGAAGAUGCAUAUCCUGAUGGAGAUUGUGAGGAAAUGUACACCGAGAAUGACAUACCGUUCCCUGAAGAUGUGUAUCCUGAUGGAGAUUGCGAUGAAAUGUUCACUGAAGACGACUUACCACCUCCAACAUCACCAUCACUAUCACCUCUUUAUGAUGCUCCUAAAACACUACUUUUUCCUCGUCCACCCGAUCAACAAAUAUUAUGCUCUACAGAAGAACAUAUUGAAGACGAUGAUGAGGCAUUUUAUACUGAUGAAGUUUGCGACUACCCAGCAUUCAAACAAGUUUCACAUUUGAAAGAAGUUGAGCCACCACGACCUCCAGUUCCACAGUACGACAAUAAUGAGGAAGACGAAGAGGAUAUCUACGAGGAUGCAGAGUUCCCAUUGAUUCAGGAAUCCUGUCCAGUUGGUGAUUACAAUCCUGAACUUGAGGAAUGUGAAGAUAUAUAUGAUGAUAUUGGAAGCUGCAAUGUGCCUAGAUUUGAAUCUCCAACUCCAGUGAGAGCCCAGCCCUCACCCAUGGUUGCUCGUCAGAACUCUGGUCCUCCCUCGUUAGUUCCUCCUCCAUCUCUUCCACCUCCUCCUCAACUUCCUGUGUCUGCUCCACCGCCUCCUGCUCCUGCCACCAAACAGAAACAAAAGGGUGGAUUCUUUGGAAUAUUCAAGAAAAGUAAGAAGAAACCAUCAGAUGACUCACACGAUACUUUGGAUCUUUCAGUGAAUGAGAACCCAGCCGAAGAGGCCCAGCCGAGUAAACAGCCAUUGCAUGAAUAUGAGGAUGACGAGUUGUAUAUUGAUGGGGAGGGUUGUGAAUAUUCUGAUGAUGACGAUGAGCCUAUUUAUGAGGAUCAGUAA